CAUCGAGAGGGUGUUGCAUUGCUAUAACACCUUGGACGCAAGUCAAAUGGACAUUGUGUUGUCCGUCUCAAUGAAUACUCUAGUAUAGAAGCAGACUUGAUCUGAGAUCGGCAGCGAUCUUGUUUUCUCUUUGCAGUUGUUCGUGUCCAUCCCUGGGGUAUGCGAUGGUCUUGUUUUUCUGGGGAUAUAAGCGAUUCUCUCUUUCGUAUCUAAUCGAAUCUUUCAGAGCAAGUGUCGCGCAUCGUAUGUGCGUGAGGUAGGUUUGACGUGUCCUGACUCCAAAUGGCUCGCGCGCGCAGAUCUGGUCGCCUAUCUGGUGCAAGAACCAAAUAUACGGAUGAUCCGUUCGAACUCGCCGGAAUCAGCGGAGAGUCUGGCUCCGAGGACCAAGAGAAGAGGUCAGCGAGUAAAGGAGAAAGGAGGGCAGCGCGAGAUGACUCUUCAGAUGAAGACUUUGCCGAAUCGGGAGACGAUGUUGAAAACUAUGAAGAUGAGGAGGACGACGACAAUACAGAGGCCGAUGUUGGGACCUCACCUCCUGGAACUGAAGUGUUCGACGAAGACGAAGAAAUGAUUGAUGGUGAUGAGAGACCUGUUCGAAAAGUGGUCUCAGCGAGGAACUUUCGAUCGAAGAAGAGGAAACCAGAUGGCGCAGUCGAUGUUCGCCCAGAAGAUACGCAUUCUCGCGGUAUCUGGAACGCUACCGAGCACGUUGGCAAGUCUACCCAUAUCAAGUUGGUUUUCGGAACAGACGAUCGUGACCGUCUGGCAAUGGCGUAUGCCAGAGAUCGAUGGUUUCGUGGUAUUGACUCUGGUUUUCCAACUCGCACGUCUUUGGAUGAAGCCCAGACGAUGUCCAGUUAUGGAUACGGGCCUACAUUCGGUAUCCACCCAGAUGAUGCAGAAAGAGAGGCAACUACUGGGUGGGACUGGUAUUACCAGGAAGAUAUUGGUGGGAGAUUCCGAAAAAGACAGCGCGUUGAGAAGAUCCAGGAGGAGGAUGCGCGGAGCCAAUAUCUACCGCGCGCAGGUCAACGGAAACACACUGUUAUGGUUGGUCCGACCGAUGCCAGGAAGACAUACGAGUUGGGACAGUUCGAGGUACUUAAUUUCGGUGAUGCAUGGGGUGAAGCCAAAGCUCGGAACAAGAAAGGAGCAGCAACUUCCGAAGAUUCUGAAUCUCGAGCGUCUUCUUCCCGCGCAUCAGCCGCUUCUGACAAAUCUUCUGGGAAGAAGAAGAUGAGAGAAGGGUGGAUUCUUAAUCUGGGGAAUAAAAUCCAAUGUCUGGCCUGGGCACCGAACCAAUCUGGUCUCACACAAUAUCUGGCUAUUGUUGUGCCCAUAACUCAGGAACAGAAGGACGCAUAUCCCAAACCAACAGAGCCAAAGGGUGCCCCAGCGUUUACACCUUCAGAGGGAACACCUGCGGCCUUGCAGAUUUGGGCGUUCAAGGCCAGGAAAGGUGAUUCAUUUACAAGGGAACUUGACACGAGUGUACGACCUAAGCUGCGGAUGGUUAUAUGUACCGAUUGGGGCGAUCUAAGGCGCAUACACUGGUGUCAGAUGCCACGCCAGAGCAGGGAGGAAGAUGAUGAAGACGUCUCUAAGAACCUUGGGCUUCUGGCCGGCGUAUGGGCGGACGGUAGGGUAAGAGUACUUGAUAUCAAGCUGAGUCGGAAUCCAGAUUCGACCGAAUUCUACAAGAUGCAUUCGCCCGCCUUUGAGUCGAAGCCUCCUUCAACGAUCUGUACAUGUAUGACUUGGUUGUCUCCUACGGAUAUUGCUGUCGGUUGCGCAAAUGGUUUCCUCGCAGUAUGGAGCAUCUUGCCCGCCCAGGAUGAAAAGCCGGGGACGGAAGCGCUGCCUUACAUCUACCAGCGGUAUCAUACAACUUACGUUCUGAGCGUCGACUCCGCCUAUCCAACACAUGCACAUCUCGUGGCGACCACGUCCAUGGAUGGAGAGACACGACUAUCGUCUCUUCUGGACCAUCAAAAGGAUACGGUAGAGACCACCCGAAUGCGGAUGGGCUCCGCACAGCUCUCAUACUCUCCGUUCCUUCAAGCUUUCUUCUCGAGUGACGAGAAUGAUUUCGCACGGCUGCUGGCUGUCCGACGCUUCUUUUCAACGACAGCUGUAGCAAGAUUGCCCAGUACUGUGACUGCGCUGGCGCAAUGCAGCUCUUGGCACCCAUCUGCCUUGUUGGGAUGCGCGAGCGGCUCUGUGAUUGCCGCAAAUCCGUUGAGAAGACUGCUCUAUGCCAAAGAGAAGCAUUGGCAACAAACCUGGUUUGCACACGAAUGGGUGUCUGGCAAAAGCGACGAUAGCUCGGGUAUCAGUAGGUUCCACGAUGGAUUCAAAGCCGAAAGCGUUAGUCUGCUUCGAAACUUGAUGGGAGACCGAAAAUUAAUCAAUGGAACAAUGAUCAUCACGAUCUACGAUGAGCCUACGCACGUCACGGCAUUAUCUUGGAAUCUCAACCAGAGAUGCGCUGGAUGGGCCAGUGCAGGGAUGGGGUGCGGGCUGGUUAGAGUAGAAGAUCUCGCAAUGUGAUUUCUUUUUGGAACAGUGUUUAUUGCUCAGUUUCACAGAAGUCUCGAUUUCAGAGUAAUAAUUCCAGGACGGUAGAGGCCUUCCAGGCCCUGUGUCGAUGGAGCGGUGGCUGUAGGGAUUUCACCUGCCUUGCAGGUUUGGAGAACUCAGGACGGCAGAAAGCGGGGUCCCUUUGGGGUUAUUAUAGUAGCAGAUGAUGUCAAGUCUUAACUACCUAGUUAGUCUAGAAGAUAGUUACUAAUUUAGUCUAUCUAGACAACUCAGCGUGAUGGAAGAGCGAGCUGUCUGGAGAUGAUUUUCAGGGGCGCAGCUGUCGGUGUCCAGCCACACUUUAAAUCGCCGCCACAGC